AUGUGCCAUCAAUGCCAGAGGAGUGAUAAGGAGAAGGUGGUGCGGUGCUGCUGUCGCAAACGUUUUUGUGUUCCAUGCAUACAGAGAUGGUACCCGAGACUGUCAGAGGAAGCAAUAGCGGAGACUUGCCCAUACUGUCGUGGGAACUGCAACUGCAAAGCUUGUUUACGUAGAAAUGAUAUAAUCAAGGUUGGUAAUGGCAGCUAUGGGUCGCCAGAAAGUAAGGAUGAAAAGAUUCAGCACUUUAAAUAUCUUGUACAUGCACUCUAUCCAUUCCUGGAGCAAUUCGAUCAUGACCAAACGAGGGAAAAGAAGAUUGAGGCUGAGAUUCAAGGGUUACCACCAUCAGAGGUAGAGAUACAGCAGGCAGGUUGUUAUAACGACGAACGUGUGUACUGCAACAAUUGCAGAACCUCUAUAGUUGAUUUUCAUAGAAGCUGUCCGAAUUGUUCCUAUGAUCUCUGCCUGACUUGUUGCUGGGAAAUUCGGAACGGUUGCUUGCGAGGAGGUGUCAUACCUUGCCCACCAAAGGAAAUGGGUGGUUGUGGUCAUGAUCUUUUGGAGCUCAAGUGUAUGUUUCCAGAAAGCUGGGUCUCAGAGUUGCAGAAGAAAGUAAAAAAAAUAGUUAAAACCUAUGAACUUGCAGAUUUGAACAAAAUUUCUACGCAACAAUGCUCAUGUUUUAAAUCAAAUGGCAAGAUCGACAUUGGCAAUGGUAAACUGCGGAAAUCUGCUUCUAGAAAAGAUUCUGAAGACAACUAUCUGUACUGUCCUUCGGCAAGUGAUAUCCGGCAGGGGGAUCUGGAGCACUUCCAGAGUCAUUGGAUCAGGGGAGAGCCAGUCAUUGUUAGCAAUGUUCAUGAAUUUACAUCUGGACUGAGUUGGGAACCAAUGGUUAUGUGGCGCGCAUUCCGUGAGAUUAAAUAUACCAAGGGUUCCUCAGAUUUGGUAGUGAAGGCAACAGAUUGCCUUGAUUGCUGUGAGGUUGAGAUAAAUAUUCACCAAUUUUUUACAGGGUACUCCGAAGGUAGAUCACACAGAAACUCUUGGCCUGAGAUGCUCAAACUGAAAGAUUGGCCGCCAUCUAACUUAUUUGAGGAGCGCUUACCACGCCAUGGUGCAGAAUUUGUCAGUGCCUUGCCAUAUUUGGAAUACACACAUCCCUGUUCUGGUAUACUUAAUGUUGCCUCAAAGUUGCCUACUGAUUCACUAAAGCCAGACCUUGGUCCUAAAACAUAUAUAGCGUAUGGAUUUUCUGAAGAGCUAGGACGCGGAGAUUCUGUGACAAAGCUUCACUGUGACAUGUCAGAUGCGGUGAAUGUGUUGAUGCACACUGCAGAAGUGACCUAUGCACCUUGGCAGCUUUCAAAGAUUAAAAAAUUGCAAAAAAAACAUUCUGCCCAAGACCAAGAAGAACUUUUUGGUAUAGUUCAUAUAGAUAAUCAAGAGGCUGAGAAUCAUGUCCCAGAAUCCAAUGGGAAGUUCAAAUCUGAGCGAGCUAACCCUAGUUCAUGUGGUGAAGAUUAUUGUGCCGAGCAAGGAGAGUUUUCUGGUGGUCCAAAUGCAGUUUCUGAAAACAGAUUGCAUGGGUUGGAGACAGCAGAGGGAGGUGCUGUUUGGGACAUUUUCCGUCGACCAGAUGUUCCCAAGCUGCAGGAAUAUCUUAGAAAGCACCACAGGGAAUUUAGGCACAUCUGUUGUUGUCCAGUAGAGCAGGUGGUUGACCCUAUUCAUGAUCAGACUUUCUACCUUAAUUUGUAUCAUAAAAGGAAGCUCAAAGAGGAAUUCGGAGUUGAACCUUGGACAUUUGUGCAAGAACUUGGAGAGGCUGUCUUUAUACCUGCAGGAUGUCCUCAUCAAGUUAGAAAUCUUAAGUCGUGUAUUAAGGUUGCUCUUGACUUUGUUUCACCUGAAAACAUCGGUGAGUGCAUUCGUUUGACUGAGGAAUUUCGUAUUCUUCCUGAGAAUCAUAGAGCCAAGGAAGACAAACUAGAGGUAAAAAAGAUGUCUCUCCACGCAUUAAGUAAAGUUGUGGAUGAUUUGGAGAAGCUUACACGGUGA